AUGACCUACGUGCAACUCGAAAACCUCAUUAAUAAAUGGAGUUUAGAGCUUGAGGAUCAAGAGAAGCAUUUCCUGCAACAAGCCACACAAGUCAAUCUCUGGGACAAGACCCUGAUAAGCAAUGGGGAGAGAAUCACUGCAUUACAUAGAGAGAUGGAGAAGGUAAAAUUGGAUCAGAAAAGACUGGACCAAGGACUAGAUUUCAUCCUCUCCCAACAGAAAGAACUGGAAGAUAUCCUGAGCCCUCUGGAAGACUCGGUCAGGGAGCAAAAUGGAACCAUCUACCUCCAGCAUGCAGACGAAGAAAGAGAAAAGACGUAA